CUUUCCUCCUUUCUCCCUUUCUUUCAUUUCUUUUCUCUCACACCCAUACACAGACCGGCAGACAUGCAUACACACUCUCAGGCGCACACUCACUGUCUGUCUCAUCCUUUUGUGUUUUAACUGCCUGGUAUCUCCUCCUUCAUCUCAGGCGCUCUCUCUGUAUUUACAUUUGUCUUUCUCCCUCCAUCUCUCAUUUUAUCCUGACUCCCUCUCUCCCUCUCUUACUCUGUUUUUCUCGGUCACUCAGUUACUCGUGUCUCCUCUGUCUUUGUCACUCUCAUGCUCAGUUUCUCUCUGUCUGGAGUGCAUACUCUUUCAUUUCUUGCUUUCUCUGGCAUUUUUCUCUCUCUCACCUCAGCUCCCUGGCAUGGUGGCCACUGCCCCCUCCCCCACUGCUCUGCGAGACACCUCUGAGCAGUGCCCAGGGCUUGGGUGACCCAACUUGGAAGUUCCUGUGGCAUCUGUUGGAUGGUCCCUACGGUCACAGCAUUUCCUCCUCGGGGGUGACUGGGCAGUGGUGUGCUCUGUUUCCUCACUUCUGCAAUUUCCAGACAGCACAGAGGCUGGGUCUGCAGACAGAGACACUCAGCUCCUGCAGCUGUAGCCGCUGCCCCUGGAACAGGCAUAGGCAGGACACAGUAAACAGCUACCGCUUGCAGCCCCGAGCGAUGGCGACAAAUGACUCCUCUCGUGUGGACUCCGAGUUCCGAUACACCCUCUUCCCGAUUGCUUAUAGCAUCAUCUUCGUGCUGGGAGUCAUCGCCAAUAGCUACGUGCUGUGGGUGUUUGUCCGCCUUUACCCUUCCAAGAAACUCAAUGAGAUAAAGAUCUUCAUGGUGAAUCUCACCAUGGCCGACCUGCUCUUCUUGGUCACCCUGCCCCUGUGGAUUGUCUACUACUACCAUAAGGGAGACUGGAUUCUCCCUAAAUUCCUGUGCAAUAUGACUGGCUGCUUUUUCUUCAUCAACACCUACUGCUCAGUGGCCUUCCUGGCCGUCAUCACUUACAACCGCUUCCAGGCGGUGACACGGCCAAUCAAGACGGCUCAGGCCACCACCCGCAAGCGUGGCAUCUAUUUGUCCCUGGUCAUCUGGGUGGCCAUUGUAGGUGCUGCAUCCUACUUCUUUGUCCUGGACUCCACCAACGUAGUGCCCAACAAGGCGGGCUCAGGCAACAUCACCCGCUGCUUUGAGCAUUAUGAGAAGGGCAGCAUGCCAGUCCUCAUCAUUCACAUCUUCCUUGUGGUUAGCUUCUUCGUCGUCUUCCUCAUCAUCUUCAUCUGCAACCUGGUCAUCAUUCGCACGCUGCUCAUGCAACCCACGCAGCUGCAGCGCAACGCGGAAGUCAAGCGCCGGGCACUGUGGAUGGUCUGCAUGGUCUUGGCCGUGUUCAUCAUAUGCUUUGUGCCUCACCACAUGGUACAGCUGCCCUGGACCCUGGCCGAGCUGGGCUUCCAGGACAGCGCCUUCCACCAGGCUAUUAACGAUGCUCAUCAGAUCACCCUCUGCCUUCUUAGCACCAACUGUGUCUUGGACCCCAUCAUCUACUGUUUCCUAACCAAGAAGUUCCGCAAGCACCUCACCGAGAAGUUCCACAGCCUGCGCAGCAGCCGGAAAUGCCCUCUGGCCACCACGGAGACUGGCACCGAAGUGGUCAUGCCGCUGAACCAUAUCCCUGUCAAUUCCCUCAAAAAUUAGUCUCUGAUUGUUGGGGCCCGGUCCAGAGGCUUCUCUUUCAUGGACAUCACUACUGAUGUGGGGGAAAGAGGGGUAUCUGCUGUGGUCUGGGCACCUCCUCCCUGGGCACUGGGGGCCCACUAGAUAUAGAGACUACCUCCUCAAGAUGGGGAUGAUGGCAGAGCCAGACUGCUGGAAAAUCCAGAACUUGAAUGAACCCCUUUAGCACCUUUGGAAUCUUCCAUAGUAACCUUGGCUGAUGACCUCAUCCUGGGUGCCUGAAUGUGAUAGAUAGCUCUGGGAGAAAAGUCAGGGCCAGGGGCAAACCUUGGGGGAAGACUGAGCCACCCAGUUCGCCUGAGCAGGGCAGCAGCCCCAAGUGAGUAUGGCCUAAAGUUUUGUGCAAUCAUUCCCUUUAUUACUAUAAAGGUAGAGAGGGGGUUUUGGGAAAGAGACACUCCCUGGGCGGCGUGGCAGUAUCUUUGGGGCAGACUUUUGAGCUAGGAUGGUGCUACCUUGUCUCCAUCCAUGGAAAAAGGUCUCUGUGACACUGCUUCAGGGAAAUAGUUCAGUGGAAACUUCUCCCCACUCACCCGACCGCCUGUCCUGAAUGGUCGUGACCAGAGAAGAUAAAACAUGCAUAGACCAAACACGAGGACAGAGAGCUUGUUUCCCGAGGCUGAUAUGACUCUCUGCACAGGCCUUACCCCAGGCCAGGGUCAGCUCUUGUGGAGUGGGAGAGACACAAGCGCCACAUCCAUCCAUCUGUCUCAAUAACAGACCCUGAUGAAGUACCUCCUAUAGGGCAGCCACCCGCGGUGGGGGUGGGCAAAGGCCCCUCAAAGCCAAACUCGGGCUGUCUAGGGCACCGUGAUGCUCAGAGGCUUCCAUGACAACAGGAGCUUAGGCUGGGAAGCGCCUGUGUGUGUGGGAGGCUCCAAGAGUAAAAGGAGCCUAUCAGUUCUCCCUGCCUCGCUUCCUAGAGGGCCCUUCCUAAUUUAGAUUCCAGGAGGUGGGAGGAAGAGUUAUGGUCUUAAGGGCCAGCAGACACUUGAAUUCUGGGUGCAGAAGAGAAGUGCCAACUUCUUGAGGAUCUCUAAAUGCCUGCCUGUGAUAUUCAGCAAAUAUUUUCAAAUGAGCCUCCUGUCACACCCUGAGCUGGGUAUCCGCAGUAUGAACCUGGAAGCCCCAGACCCAGGGCUUGGAGGAGACUUCUCUGAUUUCCAGAGUCCUGAAGGCCAUCUGAGAAAUUUUCCUCCCUUCCAGCUAGCUUCUGCAUGAAGUUGGGAUCCUUGUUCCCUGUCUACUGGGCAAGCACUGGAUUGAUGAUUUUUAUAACUGUCUCCCAAAGGGCCAGUAACCUGCUUGGGUCUGGGAUGGUAGCUGUAGGCUGGACUUAUGCUGGUGACCAGAUAGAUAGCAUACUAGAGCUUUGGUGUCACACAGACCCGGGUGCACGUCUUGGCUUUGUCACUUCCUGUUGAUGGAUGGCGAGCUGAAUUUCCUACCUCAUAGGGUUGUUAUGAGCAGUGAAUUAAGUUGUGGAGGCAGAUACCUCUUGAUCAGGGUGACUGUUCCACCCAGAUUCUACCUUUUUCUGAGAAUUUGUUCCCCUCAAUCCUCCUAUAGAAGCUGAAUGGAUAAGAAGUGAGUAUCUGGCUCAGGUUGGGCCAGUCAGGUUCCCUCUCUCAGGAAUAAGUUGCAAGAUUCAGGGAUCCUUUUCCAGGCUCUGUAGGUCACCCACCUGAAGAUUUAUAAACUCUGGAGCUGUGAGUGUGUGUGUUUCCACAUGUGUGUAUCUAUCUAUAUGUAUAUGAGGGGAGUUGGGAGGGUAGUGGAGGGCGGCCACAUACAUGAGUGUACUAGAGAAACUGGCUCUGCUCCGAGAGAAGAUGAAGAUGUGUAAAGCAAGGCAGAGACGAGAAGGAGACCCCAGGAGCCUGGAGAGAGGAGGGGGUGGUGCUUCCAGGGGCCUGCUGACUCUCCUCCUCCAGGCUAAGCCCUUCUUGAGACACAGCUGCACUUUUUCCUUUGGGGCCUGUGAGAC